AUGUGUCAAAAGGAGGACAUGGAGGAACGGAUCGUAACGCUGGAGAAACGCUAUCUGAGCGCCCAGCGAGAGUCCACCUCGGUGCACGACAUCAACGACAAACUGGAGAAUGAGUUGGCCAAUAAGGAGGCGUUCCUCAGACAGAUGGAGGAGAAGAACCGGCAGCUCCAGGAGAGGUUAGAGCUGGCGGAGCAGAAGCUCCAGCAGACCAUGAGGAAGGCCGAGACGCUGCCGGAGGUCGAGGCCGAACUGGCCCAGCGGAUAGCGGCCCUCACAAAGGCGGAGGAGCGUCACGGGAGCAUCGAGGAGCGCAUGAGGCACUUGGAAUGCCAGCUGGAGGAGAAGAACCAGGAGCUGCUGAGGGCCCGACAGAGAGAAAAGAUGAACGAGGAGCACAACAAGCGACUGUCGGACACCGUGGACAGACUCCUCACAGAGUCCAACGAGCGGCUGCAGCUUCACCUCAAGGAGCGAAUGGCAGCUCUGGAGGAGAAGAACGUGUUGAUCCAGGACUCGGAAGGUUACAGGAAACAAUACGAGGACUCGAUCCACGAAAAAACGCAUCUGGCAGAGGAGAUUGAGAAACUGAGAUCGGAGAUCGACCAGUUCAGACUGAGGGCAGGUUCCCUCACAGAACCCACCCUGUCAAGGUCUCAUCUGGACACGUCCGCCGAGCUUCGAUUCUCUCUGGGAUCUCUGGCUGAAACCCAGUCGGACCACUACCGCUCGGCAAAGGUCAUCCGCCGGCCGAGGAGAGGUCGGGUGGGUCUGCGAGAAACCAAGGCUAAAUCUCUCGGGGAGCACGAGUGGCGCUCACAGCAGCUCGGCGUUCUGGGCGGUCACCACUUCGAGAGCGACACCGAGAUGUCGGACAUCGACGACGACGACAGGGAAACGUUGUUCAGCUCCAUGGACCUGCUCUCACCCAGCGGCCACUCCGACGCACAAACUCUGGCCAUGAUGCUGCAGGAGCAGCUGGACGCCAUCAACAAGGAGAUUCGGCUGAUACAGGAGGAGAAGGAGUCCACGGAGCUGCGGGCGGAGGAGAUUGAGAAUCGCGUGGCCAGCGUCAGCCUGGAGGGGCUCAACCUGGCCCGAAUGCACCACCACGGAGCCUCCAUCACUGCCUCGGCCACUGCCUCCUCCCUGGCCUCCUCCUCCCCACCCAGCGGACACUCCACCCCCAAACUCGAUCCCCGGAGUCCUGCUCGAGACAUGGAGCGUAUGGGGGUCAUGACACUGCCCAGCGAUCUGAGGAAACACAGGAGAAAGAUAGCAGCGGUGGACGAGGACGGUCGCGAGGACAAAGCCACCAUCAAGUGUGAGACAUCCCCCCCUCCAACGCCACGCACAGUCCGAAUGACACACACACUGCCAGCCUCCUCGCACAAUGACGCUCGAGGGAUCGUGGCCUCCCUGGAGGCUGAGGCCAGCGCCCUGAGCAGCGUCGCCAGCAGCCAAGACUCCCUCCACAAGCAGCCGAAGAAGAAGGGAAUCAAGUCGUCCAUCGGGCGGCUGUUCGGCAAGAAGGAGAAAGGCCGACUGGCUCACCUGGCACACAGACAGGUCAUGGUCGAUCCACAAGCAACCAUGAUGGACCCGGACAUGGCCGGCCAGGACAUGGGCGUGGGAAAGCUGGGGACUCAGGCCGAGAAGGACCGCAGGUUGAAAAAGAACGGACACGAGCUAUUGGAGGAGGCCAGGAGAAAGGGUUUACCUUUCGCCCAAUGGGACGGCCCCACUGUCGUCGCCUGGCUGGAGCUGUGGUUGGGGAUGCCGGCGUGGUACGUGGCGGCGUGCCGAGCCAACGUGAAGAGCGGCGCCAUCAUGUCGGCGCUCUCCGACACCGAGAUCCAGAGGGAGAUCGGCAUCAGCAACCCACUGCACCGGCUCAAACUCCGCCUGGCCAUCCAGGAAAUGGUCUCCCUCACCAGCCCCUCAGCCCCGCCCACCUCCAGAACCCCGUCAGGCAAUGUAUGGGUGACCCAUGAGGAGAUGGAGACCAUGGCAGCCCCGUCCAAAACGAAAUCCGACUCUGAGGAGGGGAGCUGGGCACAGACUCUGGCCUAUGGCGACAUGAACCAUGAGUGGAUAGGGAACGAGUGGCUGCCCAGUCUAGGACUACCUCAGUACCGCAGCUACUUCAUGGAGUGCCUGGUGGACGCCCGCAUGCUGGAUCACCUCACCAAGAAGGACCUGAGGGUGCACCUCAAAAUGGUGGACAGCUUCCACAGAACAAGUUUACAGUACGGAAUCAUGGGUCUGAAGAAGCUCAACUACGACAGGAAGGAGCUGGAGAGACGCCGGGAGCAGAGCCAGCAUGAGAUGAGAGACGUGCUGGUGUGGAGCAACGAGCGAGUCAUCCGCUGGGUGCAGAGCAUCGGCCUGAGGGACUACGCCAACAUCCUGCUGGAGAGCGGCGUGCACGGAGCACUGGUCGCACUGGACGACAACUUUGACUACAGCAGCCUGGCACUGCUCCUCCAGAUCCCCAAUCAAAACACUCAGGCACGUCAGAUUCUGGAGCGAGAGUACAAUAAUCUGUUGGCCCUGGGCACCGACAGGAGGCUGGACGAGUGUGACGACAAAGAUUUCCGUGGUCCAUCAUGGAGGCGACAGUUCCCGCCCAGAGAUGUUCACGGUAUCAGUAUGAUGCCCGGGUCAGCAGAGACUCUCCCUGCUGGUUUCCGUCUCACCACGUCUGGUCAUUCUCGGAGGCUGCCCCCUGAGGUCCUCUAUGAGGCGCUGGAUGACAGUCCUGACGACAUGUAUUUGGACUGGUAUCAAGUCGGACCCUCUGCGGUGCAGCGGCUGGACAGCUCCACGGUACAGUUCUAAAUGGAGUCUUACUUGGGGAGCUGCUGGACGGGCCAACCCGCCGGGGAACAAACCAUUCUGACGACACGCACUGCCAAGAAGCCCUGCUCUCCUCUCUGAUCCCCCCGCCCCCCUGCCCGCUCCGUCCCCCGUGGUGUAGGCACCAGCUGCCGGUGCUAAACUGUCCCGCAGGCUGCUGACCCCCCCCCCCACCCCACCCCUCGUU